CCUCCACCGCUAGUAUCACCACUGAAGACUAUGAAAUUAGUUCUAACACACAAGCAAUUGUUAGUGAUAAUACCUAGCAUUGUAGCUGGAGGCAUGGUGGAUGCAUAUUUCUACGGAGAAUUCUCUACCUUCGUAGCAACUCCAUAUCUAGGCCAGAGGGUCAUACCAUUCCUCGUCGGAAUUCUAUUCUUCACACAAGGCCUGUCAUCUUGGGUAUACGGUUUGCUCAUAUAUAAGGGAUACCUCAAACGUCGAAUAGCCAUCCUCAUUGGAGCUGCUAUUCUCACUAUCUUUUUCGUUCUUCGGAUUGCCCUCUUCUACAGUAAUAGAGGCAUAGUUGAAAACUUCAGACAGGAUCCUUCAACUCCUGAUAAAUGGAUUAAAAACAGAGAUCCCACCCCAUGGGAAUUCUUCAUGAUAUUUGGUCUAACUAUUCUCCUAGGUAUUGGUAAGGCCGCGUAUGAUUCCCAAAUACCUGCUAUUGUAUACCAUCAUUUCCAGCUUACUGAAUACCACGUCAUAGCAGUAUGUAACUACAAGGGGUAUAGGAGCAUAGGUUCUACCUUGGUUUAUGGUAUCGAUCUCUGGGGUGUAGAUAAGAUUGGCGCUAUAUACUCAGAUCAAAGAGUCUUCCCAACAACAUCGGUCAUUCUUCUGGUUAUCGUAGUUAUAGCGUAUCUCCCUUCACGGGGAUACUGGCUGA